UCGGAGAAGAAGGUUCUUGCUAGGAAGAAUCUCGAACGCAGAAUCAAAUCCAUUGACUUUGCUCGUAAACUACAAUCAAUCCUCAUCAAGAAAGUCAGAGGUUUAUGAGAGCUGAGCUUGAAGCAACAGUGCUGCUAUUACCAUUCAUCAUCUUAUUUUCUGGGAAUUAAUGUUGAUCAGUGUUAGUAUGUGUGUGUCAUAACAUUACACAGUUCUGGUUUCAGUUUUUUUUGUUCACUUUAAGCUUUUGAUGAAUGGAAUCAAAUGUGGAAUUGGUAUAAUCUUGGAUUACUAUUUAGUUGAUUGCUCAAUGAAUAAGAAAGGCGUCUCUUUUCCUACGUUUACCAUAAUUGUUAGGGAAGGACAUGUACUCAAAGUUGUUUCUGGGUUCUUAGAUAGUUCAUGACAGGAUACAGAGCUGAGAGCGCUGCUUCUAUGGUUGAAUUGUCUUUCCUGUUCCAGCCAUUAUUAGUUUAUUACCCUGAGAUGUUUCUGCUUUUGUCGCUUUUAAAGCUUAGGUUAAUUCUUUCCAGGCGUUUGUGGUUCUAUUUUCUGCAAGUACGUGUUAGUGUUACUGUGUUCCUUGUCAUGACAAUAGGGGAUGAGAGAUGAAGUAAGAGCAAAUACGGAUUUGUGAUUGCACGGAAUAUUGGUGGAAAGUACCUUUUGGUUUAGUUGCUUGUUUGCCUCCAGCUUUUAACUGGUAUUUGUUUGGUUAGGCUUGGCAGGUAUCUUUGUCAAACUUUGCAGUAACUGGCAUUGCAGAGUCUUAGGUUUCAUGUCUGAUGCUGCAGAAAUCGAUCAGAGAACUAAAUAUCUAUCUGGAGAAGGAAAGUGUUUCGCAUCAGAUUUGCACUAACCAUGUUUGAUAGAAGACAUAUCUGAACAUGUUCGUAGCUUAAUGAUGUAUCACCUUGCAUCAAAGACUCAUCCUUUUCCGUCUUUUCUAUUCUUGAAGAGGAUAAAUAGGUUAACCUUUCUCACCUACUAGAAGAAUAAUAUUGCAAAGGGUUUAGCUUCUUCAAAGCAAAGAGUACUAAUCAAACCAUUUCAAGAGAAGGCCUAACUCCUUCUCUGUAUCAUUUUAGAAAUUAAGGAUUGAGGCUUCUGAGCUGCUGAUUGUGAAGACAUUGGCAGCAUUUGAGUUUGCUUGUAUUGCAUUUAGGUUUAUUUUUUUCUAAAAUGCUACCAUUGUUUGUUAAAAGUUCAGCUCAUGUUCUCAGAUAUAUUCGUCAGAAAAGCCCAAGUGAUCUGAGAAUCAACAUCUUUCCUCCAGAAUGAGCAAAAGAGAGACUGAUUUACAUAUACUCCAGUGAUCUGUUACUCUUCGUCCUCUAAAUGUCUCAUCAUCAUCACUAUGAAACAAACCCUCAUUUCGCGCGAAUUCCGCAGCAGAAUCCACAUCUCAGAGAUGGUGCUUCUACCUCACAAACAUCUCCGCAUCAACCGCUCAUCCCGCCUAUUCCGCACCACAAAACCCCUCAACACAAGACCCCAAAACACAAAACCCCUCAACAGAAAACCUCUAAACCUCACCCAGUCGCUCCACCGGGAAUCCUAAUCAAGUCUCGUGAUCGCCACCGUGAUAAUCCAGUCCAAGAACCGGCACAUUCUAUUAUACCUUUACCACUAAGCCCAGAAGAGAAACUGCCACCACGAAAAACUCCAAACUCUGCAAAAAGACCAUUGCUAUUAAGCCCAGAAGAUCAUCAUCGUCAAAAUCAACAACAACAACGACCUCCGCCAUCACAACCACCACAACGCAGUGGAGGCGGUUAUGGAUCAACAUUACCUCCAAUACCAAAACCAAGUCCAUGGAGAACUGCUCCAACACCAUCACCGCAUCGCCGUGGUGGACCACGGUUACCGCCUCCUUCAAGAGAAACAAGCACAAUGACAUGGUCAGCUGCAUUUUGCUGUGCAAUAUUCUGGGUCCUUCUAAUUCUCGGUGGUCUAAUCGUCCUAAUCAUCUACCUCGUGUACCGUCCUCGCUCUCCAUACAUCGACAUCUCAGCAGCUAACCUAAACGCUGCUUAUCUCGACAUGGGUUUCCUUCUAAACGGUGAUCUAACCAUUUUAGCAAACGUCACAAACCCAAGCAAGAAAAGCAGUGUGGAAUUUAGCUCUGUCACGUUCGACCUUUACUAUUACAACAAACUCAUAGCUACUCAAUACAUUGAACCGUUCAAGGUUCCUAAGAAAAUGUCGAUAUUUGCGAAUGUUCAUCUUGUGAGCAGUCAGGUUCAGCUUCAACCAACACAGAGCCGGGAGCUACAGCGUCAGAUUGAAACCGGUCCGGUUUUGUUGAACCUGAGAGGAACGUUUCGAGCACGUUCUUACUUAGGACCAUUGUUUAGGUACUCUUAUUGGUUGCAUACGCAUUGCAGCGUUUCGUUUAAUAGUCCUCCUUCAGGAGCUAUGCGAGCUAGAAGAUGCACUACCAGACGCUAGCUUUUUGCGAUUGCGUUUGCUCUUUCUUUUUUUUUUCUUUUUUUUUUUGCCACCUUUAGAAAUAAAAUUAUUACUCAAUUACUCUGUAUUCAUUGGUACUACAAGAAUCGUUAAUUCUUAAUUGUUUGAAA